AUGCCCAAGCAGUUUCUCAAGGGCAUCGACCGUAAUGGAUUGGAUCGCGGUCUUUUCUUUGACCUGCGGUUUUUGACCAAUGGGGACAAAAAUCCCGAUUUCGUGCUGAAUCAAACGCCUUGGGAGGGCUCAAGUUUUCUCGUGGUGGGGCCCAACUUCGGCUGCGGUUCCAGCCGUGAGCACGCCGUGUGGGGGCUCAAACAGUUGGGUAUUCGCGCGUUGAUUGGUACCAGCUUUGCUGGCAUUUUUUACGAUAACUGCCAGCGCAACGGCGUGCUACUUAUCCAACUCAGUGAGGCCGAGCUGCAUAAGCUUGGCACUCUGGUUAGCAACCUCGAAACCGCUUCGAUAUCGGUCGACCUUGAGGCGCAAACCAUCACACUGGCAGAUAAGACAUCCAUCUCGUUCAGCAUUGAUGGGCUACGCAAGGAGGCGUUACUUCUCGGCCUGGAUGCCAUCGGCAGCACCUUGCAGCGCACCGAUGCCAUCCGCCAAUUCGAAGCGGCUCACCUGCAAGCGAACCCAUGGCUGGCU